UUACCUUUUUAAAAAAGCGACAAAGUUUAGAUAUAUCUAAAUAUUAAUAUUAGGUUACGGUUUAUCAGAGGUUUUGGAUGUUUGCAUUUAUUUGACGUGGGAAGCGGACUGUGGUGCUGAACAAUGGCGGACGCUUACUGGAGAUUGGCAGGCGCAGGUGGUCUACCACCAGCUGGAGGAUUGGACCCUCGUCGUGAUUUUGCUGGUUAUUUUCCUUACGAAACCCCACAGCCAGCUGGUCAUGACAUUCCUGGUUAUCUGCCCCGUGAAACCUCACAGCCAGCUGUCCGCGACCUUCCUGGCUAUCUGCCUCGUGAAAGCUCACAUUCAACCGGUCGUGACCUUCCUAGUUAUCUGCCUCGGGAAAGCUCACAGCCAGCUGUUCGCGACCUUCCGGGUUAUCUGCCCCGUGAAAACUUGCAGUCAGCUGGUCAUGACCUUCCUGGUUAUGUGCCUCGUGAAAAUUCACAAUUCGAUGAUAGAAUUGGGCAUUCGGCGUGGAGGACACAUGACCCACUUGGCCAUCCUCCUGAAUUUCUACGAGAUGGGGUUUCUCCAUAUCGAGCUGCUGGCCUAAAUGCCAAUGAGAUUGGUGGCUCUGCAGUUGGUUUGGGUGGGGUAACUGGUAGUUUAGGUUUGGGAAGUGGUUCUGGAAUUAGUUUGGGUGGGGUACCUGGAGCUGCAGCAUCAGCACGAAUGAUGGCAUCACCUUUGGAAGAUCCAGUUCUGAUGGCACAGAGGCAAGGAGGUGUCAGUGUGGACCCUGCUCAUGCUGGAAGGACUGCUAGCUCAGAAUAUUAUGCUGCAAGACAAGAUGCGUCUUUACGGUUGCUGGAUGCUGCAAGACAAGAUGCAUCUUUGCGGUUGCUGGAUACUGCAAGACCAGAUGCAUCUUCAAGGCUGCCUGAGAAUCUUAGGCCUGAUGCAACAACAAAUACAAUAUUUGUUGAGGGACUUCCUCCUGAUUGUACUCGCAGAGAAGUUGCUCAUAUUUUUCGACCUUUUAUUGGGUUUAAACAAAUCAGAGUUAUACAUAAGGAACCUAGACGUGCUGGAGGUGAGCCUUAUGUUCUAUGUUUUGUGGAGUUUGCUGAUGAAAAAUGUGCAGCAACUGCACUAAAAGCUUUACAAGGGUACAAGUUUGAUGAUGUUGAUCAUGAGUCAAAUCCUUUGAAACUGCAAUUUGCAUAUUUUCCUGGUACACGUCCAAGCGCUGCUCCCGUUCUCAAUGAUUUGCCUCGUGGAGCAUCGUGAAGCUUCAGAAUUAUUGCACCAGUAUUUAUAACGUAUAUUUCGACAUUGAUAACAGACUCUGGUUUCUUGGAGGAGUGCUGCUAUUGGAUGAAAAUGCCAAGUACAUGUGCAGUGUUCUGAGGAGUAUAUUAUAACACUAAUCAGGUCCAAGUGACAUGUCCUUGGAUCUUUUUUUUGCGAGUGGUCAUGCAUACUUAUCUGGGACAUGGGUGUCAAUGUAUAAUUGCUUCUUCCAGCUAUUUAGGGAUAUAUACACCUCCUUUACAAUUCCUAUUUUAUGGAACAUGUGUGGAUGAUUGAGAUCUACACCAUAUUUAUCACAUUUGAUACUGAAAUAGGGUGGAUCAGUUGUCAAGGUCAAAAUUUGGAGAUAUUAUAUAAUUUGAUGUUUGGAUAUUUAAAGUGUCGCCUGUUUCCAGAGUAGGAUUUCCUAGCAUUAAUAUUGUACUCUACUGAAGUUGUGAAAGCCUUACUGUUCUUUUUAUUUUUGAAGGAGUUGUAUACUGAUUAGUUGGAGCAUGAUGAUAUAGAUAAAGGUGCAUCAUACAACCUGUUGAUUACUGUGAGUAAUUUCUUCAGCUACAAUGUAUUCACAUCCUUUGUAAUCAGCAUGGAAUGUACAUUAAUUUAUUUAAUGGCAUUUCACUUUGUCUUUA